GAAAAAAAAAAUGUCUUUGGUCGUGAAAUCUGAAUCAUUGGACUGGACCCUGUUUACCUAAUUAUACUUUAUAGUUGGUAAAUUUAAUUCAAACGUUACGCAAUUAAUUAAAAAUUUACUCGAAAUGGAGAGACUGUUUCGUUUCCGGACAUCCAUUUCUGUAUUGCGAUUGAGAAGGUGUAUGUGUACUCCUUCACAACAAUCAAAACCUCCGGUGAGUAGUCCAUCAGCAUCACUAAAUACAAGUUAUAAGCCUAAUGAUUUUCAAAAGUUUCUUCUUGUUUGGACAAAGAAGUACAAAAAUAAGGAUGAGAUACCUAAUAUCGUAAGUAUAGAUCUUAUAGAUCGAGCUAGAAAUGAAGCAAGAAUUAAAUUGGCGAAUAUCUUAAUAUUUGCCACAAUUCUUGGAUGUAUCUAUGCAGUUAUGUCUGGAAAAGCAGCAGCUAAAAAAGGUGAAUCUGUACAGCAAAUGAAUCUUGAUUGGCACAAACAAUAUGCUGAACAAAAGAAUAAAGAAGAAUCAUUAGCAAAAUGAUAGAACAAGGAUUUAUAGUAAAACUGCAAUAAUUAGUGCUUUCAAAGAUUACUGUCAUCUGAUAUUAUGUAGGGAAGGAGAAAAAUUAGAAAUAUUUUAUGCAUGUUGUUAUAUCUAUUUAAGCUUGAAUAUAAUAUUUUAAAUAAGA